AGUUCGGAGAGCCGGAGCAGAGGAAAAGUGGAGAAGGGCGCACGCGCAGAAGCGCUCGCCGCGCGCACUUCCCUCCCCCCUCCUCCGCACUACCUCCACUUCCUGGGACGUCGCAGUGGCUAUCGCGUGAGAUCCGCGGCCAAUGAGGAGGCGGAAGUGACGGCCGCUUCGCAGCUACCCGCAGCUGCUUGGAGGCUGAAGCCAGAGAGGAUUGCUCUUCUGGAGAGGCUGAUUCUUCGUAUCUCAGGUAUCCCCGAGAGCUCAGCUUUGUAAACCUUCUCUCCUGCAUCAAGGCUGAACCGUACCAUUUAGAAGAAUGGAAGCAAACGCAUCUGUUGACAUGUUUUCAAAAGUCCUGGAGAAUCAGUUGCUUCAAACCACCAAACUAGUGGAAGAACAUUUGGAUUCGGAAAUUCAGAAACUAGAUCAGAUGGAUGAGGAUGAAUUAGAACGCCUCAAAGAAAAGAGACUCGAGGCUCUGAAGAAAGCUCAACAGCAGAAACAAGAAUGGCUUUCAAAAGGACAUGGGGAAUACAGAGAAAUCCCUAGUGAGAGAGACUUUUUUCAAGAGGUCAAGGAGAGUAAAAAAGUGGUUUGCCAUUUCUACAGAGACUCCACAUUCAGGUGUAAAAUACUAGACAGACACUUGGUGAUACUGUCCAAGAAACAUCUUGAGACCAAAUUUUUGAAACUGAAUGUGGAAAAAGCACCUUUCCUUUGUGAGAGACUGCGUAUCAAAGUCAUUCCCACACUAGCACUGGUGAAAGAUGGAAAAACACAGGAUUUUGUUGUUGGAUUUUCUGACCUAGGAAAUACAGAUGACUUCACCACAGAGACCUUAGAGUGGAGGCUCGGGUGUUCUGAUAUUCUCAAUUACAGUGGAAAUUUAAUGGAGCCACCAUUUCAGAGCCAAAAGAAAUUCGGAACAAACUUUACAAAGCUGGAAAAGAAAACUAUUCGAGGAAAGAAAUAUGAUUCAGACUCUGAUGAUGAUUAGAAAUUAGUUAUAAUUCUUUGUAAAUCGUCUUUUUAUUUAUCCUUACUUCACAAUUAGAUGUGUUUUCUAAACUCUAUUGAUUUCAGUAUGUUCAUCUCCUCAUGGUUCCAUUCUAGAGUUUUAUGCAGUGGCAUCAUAGUGAAAAACAUCUUUAAUAUUUUCUAUGUGGAGCUUGUGUUUAAGUAGAGGAAAACUUCUGAGUUCUAAAAUUAUCUGAGGAGAGUCUGGAUUCUCUAUUUUUGAGAUUGGUUUUAUCACAAUGAUUCUUACGUUUUUAUACCAUUCACAAUUGUGUUUUUAAUCUACUGGAUUGAAAUAGAAAUUCAGCACACUAUUCCAGGACUAAUUCUUACGCAGCAUUAUUUACUUUAUAAAGAGGUCAAGUAACAUUUACUGGUGUAACAGAUAGCACUUGUAAAUGAAUUAGAAACACUCUUCACUUCUGGAAUAUAUUUAAGUAAUGAUUAAAGAACUGUUUAUUUAUUCUGUAA